UCUUAUAGAAACAGAUAGAUUGAAGGAUCUUGAUAUAGAAGCAUUGUUGAUUUAUUUAAAAAAAUAUUGGGAUGCACCUUCUGAUUUGUCAAUGGUUGCCAUGAUACUUGAUCCAAGGCUUAAAAAGCUAUCUAUUUUUGAAGAAAAAGAUGUAAAAACCACUAUAUUUAAUUUAAAGGAGGAGUAUGAAAUAUCAUCUAGAAAUAAUUUUAAAAAUUGGUGGAAGGGCAUUUUAAAAGAUUCACAAUAA